UAGCAUUUGGAACCAUCACCAUUCACCACCCAUUUUCCAUCUUCAUCCUCAAACCAAACCCACGACAUCACUCCUUCCCUUCAUCACAACUCCAUUUUUCUCCAUAACCAGAGCCCCCUCUUUACCUGCACAGCCUCAUCCCUUCCUUCACCACCGACCGCCUCAGCACUCUAUUCUCCCUCAACACCACCCUUCUUUCACGACAGCCCCGUUAAAACCCAGUUCCAUUCAGUGCUCCAGCGACCCGCACGCAGAACCCUCAGCAAACCCAUUCUGCAACAAGAAAUCCCCAAAAAAUCUCUGAUAAUUUUCAUAUUUCAGGUUAUCUUCUCUCCGGUCACUUGCUCUUCUUCUUCUGAUUUCGUCUAUCUGUUGCCACCUUUAUUUAUCGUCGUUUUGAGAAGUUGCCAAGACAUCGAUAGCAUCCAUUUGUUCCGAAGGGUACCAACAUUUCAGGCCACCCGAAUGGAGUAUCCUUUUGUUCCCAGACAACGGCAUUACACUUAAGCAGGGAUAAAUUUCCCCUCAGUUACCUCACCAUCAGCUUUUCAGGUCAAAUUGGAGUAUUUAAUAGAAUAGAAGAAUUGCUCAAAGGAAAAAUUGUGCAUUGAAGGAAGGAGUGCAGGGGGGUUGCUUAUUGGCUCUGUUCUUAACAUGAGGGCCUGAUUUGUUCAAGGCAGUUGUUGCAAAAGCACCUUUUGUGGAUGUUCUGAUUACAACUGAAGAAUGGGAGAUAAUGUAAUGUCCAUUCUGAUCAGACUCCAGUUCCAGUUUCGCCCAUGCAGCCCCUUAUCCAUAACGAAUGUGCUGUAAUCCUAUCAAAAUCUACAUAGAGAUUUGUCUUCUGGAGCAAAAGCUAACAGCUAAAUUCUCCACUGCGAGCUCCAGCUUAUCUUUCUUCCCUUGUAGAUCUCCAGCUUCAGGUACUGCUUGAGUUUCUUUCUCUGGCUCCAUAAUCCUCUUGCAAAGUGAUCAUCCUUGAACUUUCAACACCACCAGAACCAGUAACAUGAUACUGUUUUCCAUUGAGUUUGUUCCUCAUAGCAUCCCCUUCACCACUCUACAACUUAAGCCCACUUCAAAUUCACUUCACUAUACUGCAGUUAGCUUCAUAAACCCUAAGCGGAACGAUGCUAAAAGUCUGAGAAAUCCACAAAAGGUAAGGGUUUCUGCAGAAACAAGACCAACUCAUGGCUUAUCUUUUGAUUUCAAAGAGAUUCAUCUGAUGAAACUGCUUAAUAGAUCAUUCAGGGCGGGGAAGUAUAAUGAAUCACUUUACUUUCUCGAGUGUAUGAUUGAUAAAGGCUAUAAGCCUGAUCUAAUCAUGUGCACCAAGCUUAUCAAAGGGUUUUUCAGUUCAAGAAAAAUUGAGAAGGCUACCAGAGUCAUGGAAAUUAUAGAAAGAUAUGGUAAGCCUGAUGUUUUUGCUUAUAAUGCACUGAUUAGUGGGUUCUGCAAGGCUAAUCAGAUUGAAAAUGCUAAAAAAAUCCUCGAUAGGAUGAAAAGUAAGGGAUUUUCGCCUGAUGUUGUUACUUACAAUAUAAUGAUUGGGACUUUUUGUAGCAGGGGAAAGCUUGAUUUGGCUUUGAAGGUUUUUGAAGAAUUGUUGAAAGACAAUUGCAAGCCAACUGUGAUUACAUACACAAUUUUGAUAGAAGCAACCAUUGUUCAAGGUGGAAUUGAUGAUGCUAUGAAGCUUUUGGAUGAGAUGUUAUCCAGAGGGCUUGAACCUGAUACUUUUACUUAUAAUGCAAUAGUUAGAGGGAUGUGCAAAGAAAGGGUAGUGGAUCGUGCUUUUGACCUUGUUAAGAGCUUGAAUUCAAGGGGUUGUAAGCCAGAUGUAAUCACCUACAAUAUACUGUUACGAGCACUUCUGAAUCAAGGGAAAUGGAAUGAAGGGGAAAAAUUGAUGAGUGAGAUGAUUUCAAGAGGUUGUACACCUAAUGUUGUUACUCAUAGCAUUUUGAUUGGCACUCUAUGCCGUGAUGGCAAAAGUGAAGAAGCUGUGAACUUGUUGAAGUCGAUGAAAGAAAAAGGUUUGAGGCCAGAUGCCUAUUGUUACGAUCCAUUGAUUGCUGCUUUUUGCAGAGAGGGAAAAUUAGAUUUAGCAAUCGAAUUCUUGGAUUAUAUGAUCUCAGAUGGUUGCUUGCCAGAUAUUGUGAACUACAAUACAAUAAUGGCUGGUUUGUGCAGGACAGGAAAUGCUGAUCAUGCUUUAGAAGUCUUCAAAAAGUUAGACGAAGUGGGUUGUCCUCCAAAUGUUAGUUCUUACAACACAAUGUUCAGUGCUUUGUGGAGCUCUGGAGAUAGAUAUAGAGCCUUGGGAAUGAUAUUGGAGAUGCUUAACCAAGGAAUUGAUCCAGAUGAGAUAACUUAUAAUUCACUCAUUUCAUGUUUAUGCAGAGAUGGAAUGGUGGAUGAAGCUAUUGGGCUGUUGAUCGACAUGGAAAAGGGAAGGUUCCGGCCUAAUGUUGUUAGCUAUAACAUUAUUCUUCUUGGAUUGUGCAAACUACUUAGAGUCAGUGAUGCCAUUGAAUUGCUAGCAGUAAUGAUUGAAAAGGGGUGCAGGCCAAAUGAAACCACUUACAUCUUGUUGAUUGAAGGUAUUGGCUUUUCAGGACUACGAUCCGAGGCUAUGGAGUUGGCUAAUUCCAUUCACACUAUGAAUGCUAUUUCUGAAGAUUCAUUCAAACGUCUAAAUAAGACCUUCCCUUUGCUUGAUGUUUACAAAGACCUCAAUUACUCCAAUGCAAAAGAGUAAAGACUAGUUUCUGUUUUUUCCUCUAUAUGGUUUUUGGUGUCUGGAAUCACCAAAUGCCAAAUAGGUUAAUCCAAAUCUGGUAUAGCCUUGUUCUCUGGAUGGCUCUAAAGGAAGAGAAAGCAUGUGAGUAACACUUUAGAUUGCUGAUGUCCGUGUAUUCGUUAAGAAGAAUGAUUUUGGUAAUAUGCAUAUGUUAAAAGCAUAAGUACCAGAAUGCAGAGUUCGAAAAGUAACCGGUCAGGUAGAGCAUAAAUACUACAAGGUGAUCUUCCAAUUCUCUGCUGACUAAGUAUUGUUUUUGUAUUAAAUUUUGGAUAAUAUGAGGAAAGAAGAUUCACAACUCUGUAAAAUGGCUCGGUAGAACAAAACUGUUGUACAUUACAAUUUGUUGUGAUUUUUCCUGUAAGUGCUAACCGGAGAAUUCAGAAAAUGUUUAGGCAUCAAGCUUCUGUAUCUGUACCUUUCAGUUUGUAACUUAAGUGUAUUAUUGAUGUGGAAAUGAGCAAAACACUGGAAAUUACUUA